AUGGCCGAGGCUGUGAUCAGACCCACCGCAGCCCCUGCGGUCCCAGCUCCAGAGCCUCCGCAUGCGGCACUGCCCGCGGAACCGCAGCCUGCCAAGUACGACAAGCUUCUGGCUCCUCCUAUCAAUUGCGCCACCGUGAGUGGGUCUAUUGAAGGUGCUGCAUUGAAGACCUCACUGGUCAAAGUUGCUGGUGAGAUGUUCUGGAUGCGCCACCAUUUGCACGACCGCUUAAUGGACAAAGUCAUCGCAGGGGACUACGAGGCAGAUCUGUUUGCAAAUGUCAGGCCUUUCCUCAAUACUGCUUGCACGAUUAAGCGAGGAACGGUUAUCGAUGUCGGGGCAAACCACGGCGUCUAUGCCAUUUUAGCCGCAAACAUGGGAUGUAGAGUCGUUGCAUACGAGAUACAGCCUCGUUUGACACCACUCAUCGAAUACAACGCUUGCAUCAAUCGCUUGGGUGAGUCUGUUGUCUUGCGUCCGUUCGGUGUGGCAAGCACGCCCUCGCUUGCAAAGUUUACCGCGACGGACGCCUCAGGCACUUACAAAGGUAGAAGUGCCGGCAACAACAACCAGGGCAAAGCCUUUCGAAACACCGGAUGGCUGGGUGCAUUUGUGAACAAGGGGGGCCAGGUCACGGAAGAUGACCCAAAUGCUGUGAAGCUCGUCACACUGGAUGAAGAAGGAACCAGGCUCGGCAUCAAGUGGGUCGACGUCUUGAAGCUGGAUGUGGAUGGUUUCGAACUGGAUGCCAUCAAUGGUGCCUGGGAGCUGCUAGCACGUACUUCUUUCUUCCAGUUUGAGAUCAAUGCCGGGGACUGGCGUUCGCCUUCAAAAGCCGCAGACUAUGUACCUAUGCUGGUGCGUCUUAGCAAACUCUUCAAGCUAUUCCUCUUGCAUCCAAGAGGAUCGGCAACUCGGAACAGAGCAUAUGGAAACUUGUAUGCACUCUGCCCAGAUUCGAGCGCCUCAUGUAUGAAGGCUUUCGUGGACGAGGUCGUUGCGCAUAGCAACGACAACAUCUUCUGCUUUCGAAUACCUUGA